ACCACAAGAAGUAGAAUAUCAACGUGAUUUCCUGGAGAUUUCCAUAUUCGCCUGAGCUUAAUUUCUUACAUCACCCCUAUUAUUAUUAUUUAUAAAAAAUAACUAACUUAAGAUCAAUGGCCAGUCUGGUUAAAAGUGUGGAUCAGCUUGUUUCGAAGGCUACGUGUUUAUUCAAAGAAAUAUUCGACGGUGAGGCUCCUAAAAUUGCAGCGUGUGCUCCCGGGAGGGUUAACUUGAUAGGGGAGCACACUGACUACAAUUUGGGAUACGUACUUCCAAUGGCACUCCCCCUUGUCACUGUCGUGGUUGGAAGUGUCGCAUCGGGUCGAGAGGCUACCGUUGUCACUGUGAGCGAAAAUGCCGAUGAGCCAAGGAGAGUUGACCUGAGUCUGCCAAAAGAGGGAUUCCCACCGUCGGAGUUGGCAAGUGAGGGAUGUCCACUCGCUCCAGGGUUACCACAUUGGGCAAACUAUGUGAGAGGCGUCAUACAUCACUUCAGAGCUCACCCUCUCCCAGGUUUCAGAGCCGUGGUGGUCUCCAGUGUCCCCCUGGGAGCAGGUCUGUCCAGCUCAGCCUCUUUGGAAGUGGCAUUUUACACAUUUCUGCAGCAACUCAGGCCAGAUGAUGGAAACAAAAUAUCCAAAGCCAUUGCAUGUCAACAAGCGGAACACACUCAUGCCGGCGUGCCUUGUGGUAUCAUGGAUCAGCUUGUGUCAGUUCUUGGGAUAGAGAGUCAUGCUUUACUGAUCGACUGCAGGUCGUUGGAGUCCACUCUGGUGCCAUUAACAGAUCCUGGACUUGUCUUUCUCAUCUCCAACUCCAAUGUGAAACAUUCUUUGGCAAGUAGCAAGUAUGCCUUGAGACGUGCAGAGUGUGAAAAGGCUGCCAUGGUCAUAGGCAAACCCAGUCUUAGAGAUGCAACAAUGAAAGACCUGGAAGGCUCAAGGGAUCAACUAGAUGAUGUGACCUAUCGUAGAGCUUGUCAUGUCAUCGGAGAGAUUCAAAGAACAGUCAAAGCAGCUGAUUCUUUGAAGAGAGGUGACUACCAGCAGUUUGGCAAAGCCAUGGUGGAAAGCCACAACUCCCUCAGAGAUUUAUAUGAGGUGAGCUGUAAAGAACUUGAUGAUCUGGUGUCUGCUGCCAUGGAGGUGGAGGGAGUGCUGGGCAGCAGAAUGACAGGUGGAGGGUUUGGAGGUUGCACAAUAACUUUGGUGAAGGCCCGUGCCAUUGAAAGGACUAUAGAGCAUAUACAGAGGAGAUACAGUGGAACGCCAACUUUCUAUGUUGCAACUCCUUCUGUAGGUGCUCAGUCCCUCAAGCUCCCCUGAAUUCUGACAAUACUUGAACACUUCCUUUGUUGUUUUUCCCUCUGGAACGUGACAAGUGGUAAAUGGUAAAUGGGAAGUACUUAUAUAGCGCAUUUAUCUACAUCGUUAAAAUGCCCAAAGCGCUUUACAUUAGCACACAUUCACACUCCAAUAGUACUGCUGCCAGCCAUCUUGGUCAAUAUUUUUUUCCGGGUAAAAAGGUGGAAUGAGCAUUUCAUGAUUCAAAACUACUCCAUGUUAAAUUCAGGAAAUUGCAGUUGAUUAUUAAACUCUGAACUGCUUGACCAAACCUGCUCUUUUUUAUGAAUAAUGUUCCAUUUGCGUUAUAUAAAUCGAGCUAUCAUAAUAUUCAUAUAAUAUUACGAGGUUAAAGUCAUUAUAUUGCAUAUCUUUACGUAAUAAGUAUGGAUACAUUGAGGCUACGAAAGCUAAAUUAGCUCCUAUGUACUUUACGUAGUGCUUCGCCGCCUCCAUUAAAAUGAGUAAUAUUGAGUGAUAGGCUGUAUUUUAGAAUCUGCUUUACAAAUGAGAUGAAUGAAUGAAAUCCUUAAUCUUUUCACACAAAUACAUCAAGUCAUAAACAAUAUGUGAUAAUUUUGACUUUAAAUUGAGAAUUCUGACCAACCUUUUUUUGCACAGGCCCUCAUCCUCUCUUGUAUAUUUGAGUCAAUUUUAUUUUGAAAAUACAGUGGUAUCUCUUCAUACGAAGUUAGUCAGUUCCAGGACCUUGUUUUUAAGUAGAAAUGGUUGUAUGUCAAGCAGGAUUUUCCCAUAAGAAUACAUUAUAAUUCCAAUAAUUUGUUCCACAGCCUGAAAACCUACACUAAAUCCUUAUAUAAGACAAGACAUGGAAAAACUUAUGCAUGCAUUCAUUUUCAGUAGAUUGUACUAUUGCAACGGUACUGUAUAUUUACAGGUCUUGAUAAAAAAAAAAAAAUCAGUCAGGAAGCUGCAGCUAGUACAGAAUGCUGCAGCCAGUCCUCACAAAUACAAGGAAACUGGACCACAUUACACCGGUUUGGAAAUCGUUAUGCUGACUUCCAGUGACUCAAAGGAUAGACUAUAAAAUUCUACUGCUCGUCUACAAAACACUUAAUGGCCUUGGACCAAAAUACAUGCUUGAUUUGUUAGAUUCCUAUGAAACAUCUAGACCCCUAAGGUUGUCUGGUACCGGUCUCCUGUAUGUUCCAAGAACAAGAACUAAGCAGGGUGAGACAGCAUUUAGUUAUUAUGCUCCUCGCCUCUGGAACAAGUUACCUGAAGUAUGCUCAAACUGUUAGCUCCUUUAAAUCAAGGCUAAAAACUUGUUUAGCACAGCAUAUCCAUAACUCUCUAUUUCAAGCUAUUUGCUUUCUAUUCCUCUUGUGCUUUAUCUCCAUUGCUGAUUUCAAUUAUUUUUUGUUUUUUUUUUUCUCCGUGAUUAAAUGCGAUUUGUAUGUAUAAUUUUAUUUCCUGUUUCGAUUGUCUUUGUUUAUACGUUCUAUUGAUUUAAUGUGAUUUUUAUGAUCUUCAUUUGAUGUACAGCACCUAGAAUUGCCUUGUGUUGAAUUGUGCUAUAUAAAUAAAAUUGCCUUACCUAAAUAAAUGCUGCUGGCACUAUUGCAAAUGGCAAUUACACAGAGCAAAACAAAUAAGUUAUGAAUAAGAAUCAGAAUAAUAAUAUAGUAAUAAUAAUAAUAAUACCUCUAAUAAUGUAACGACUCGCUUCUAAUGUGACUGAUGUGUUUUGCGAGUGUGCCUUUAAGUACCGUGUGGCUGAAUUGACAGAGUGAGAGAGGGACUUUUUACUUUCACUUUGUUCAGCUGCGGCAGACAGUAUGCAUGUUGUAUUGCACAAGUUCUGAAAUAAAUGAUUAAAAAACCUGAUGGAGAUGG